AUGUGGUCCUGGUUCGGCGGAGCCGCCGCUCAAAAGCGGAAGGAUGCACCCAAAGAAGCGAUUCUCCUUUUGCGUAGGCAGUUAGAUAUGUUGCAAAAGCGGGAGAAGCAUUUGGAAUCGCAGAUUGAAGAGCAGGAUACUGUGGCGCGGAAAAACGUCAACACAAAUAAGAACGCUGCCAAAGCCGCACUCCGACGGAAGAAGGCCUACGAAAAGAAUCUCGAACAGACAACAGCCCAAAUCGUCCAGUUGGAGCAGCAGGUUUACUCCAUCGAAGCGGCCAACAUCAACCACGAGACCUUGCAGGCGAUGCAGCAGGCUGGUCAAGCGAUGAAGAUCAUUCACGGCGGAAUGAAUCUCGAACAGGUUGACGAGACAAUGGACAAACUGCGCGAACAACACCAAAUCAGCGAGGAGAUCGGGCAGGCGAUUACCAGCGUUCCGCUGGGCGAACAGCUCGACGAGGACGAACUGGACGCCGAGUUGGGGGAACUGGAGCAGGAGGCUAUGGACGAGCGUAUGCUCAAUACUGGCCCUACACCAGUUGGCGCCCAGCUGGACCGAUUACCGGCCGCUGGAAAUACGGAGCUGGGCAAGAACAAGGCACAGGCAGAGGAAGAGGACGAGGAGGCCGAGUUGGCGAAACUGCGUGCCGAAAUGGCCAUGUAG